UGUGUAUCCGGCAUGUGACCCGCUGCCAAUUCUGUUCCAACAUUUUUAACGGCUAACUUCAGUUGUACUCGGUGCUCCGGUGUACACAAAGCUGCAGCAGAGGUGUAUUGCCCUCGACUUGUGAGUUAAGUCCUUUCAUCAUGGCACUGGCUGGGGUGAGAGUUAUUGAGCUGGCAGGCCUGGCUCCAGCACCGUUCUGCGGCAUGAUCCUGGCAGACUUCGGAGCCAAGGUGAUCCGUGUGGACCGCACCAAGGUCGCGGCGUCUAUGGACACACAAGCCCGGGGGAAAAGAUCUGUGGCCAUCAACCUGAAGACAGCAGAAGGAGUGGCCUUGCUCAGGAAGCUGUGUGUUCAGUCUGACGUGGUCCUUGAGCCCUAUCGUAAAGGUGUGAUGGAGAAGCUGGGUCUCGGUCCACAUGAGCUGCUGAUGGAAAACCCUCGUCUGAUCUACGCUCGAUUGACAGGGUACGGCCAGAGUGGGUCUUAUGCCACCGCAGCUGGGCAUGACAUCAACUACCUGGCCAUGUCAGGUCUUUUAUCCCGGCUGGGACGCAGUGGAGAGAAGCCCUAUGCUCCGCUGAAUCUGUUAGCGGACUUUGCAGGUGGUGGUCUCACCUGUGCUCUGGGAAUAGUUCUAGCAUUGUUGGAGAGGACAAAGUCAGGGAAAGGACAGGUCAUUGAUGCCAGCAUGGUGGAAGGAGCAGCAUAUACAGGCUCAUUUAUAUGGAAAUCUCGUAGUAUUGGUUUGUGGGACCGUUCUAGAGGAGAGAACUUGUUGGACAGCGGCGCACCGUUCUAUGAUACCUACCAGACUUCGGAUGGAAAGUACAUGGCUGUGGGCGCCAUAGAGCCACAGUUCUACAAACAGCUACUUCAGGGGUUAGAGUUGAACGCUGGAGACUUGCCUCCUCAAAUGAGCUUCGAUGAUUGGCCAGAGCUGAGACGGAUUUUCACACAGCGGUUUGCCUCAAAGACCCAGGCGGAUUGGUCGAGGAUUUUUGACGGGACCGACGCCUGCGUUACACCUGUGUUGACUUUCGAGCAGGUGAGCUCACACCCACAUAACCAGGAGAGGGGCUCUUUCGUGAAGGACUCCAGCGGGCAAGAGAGCCCCCGACCGGCCCCGGUUCUGUCUCGGACUCCUGCUGAGCCCGGCCUCGGCUCCAGCCCUGAUCCUGGAGAGCACACAGUGGAGGUCCUGGAGGAGUACGGCUUUGCAUCAUCAGAGAUAGAUAAGAUGGUAGCAGCAGGGGUCGUAGAGUGUAACGCAAUCAAGGCCAAGUUGUAGAGGAAUGCAAAUCAAGGGCCUUUUUGAAAAGCCACACUGGCACCCUCUUUUAAUAUUUGAUGAAGACCGUACAGAAGAUCAUUAAUGAUUAACUGUGUCAGGAACAUACUGGAGAUUAGAAACUGAUUUGCACAAAAGAAAAGAUAAGCCAUUGAAAUCAUGUCUAAUACAUCUGUGUGAGAAUUUAAUUAAAAGGACAAGGAAAGGAAAAAUCCUUUAAUGAGCUUGAAAUUCAAACUGACAAACAUGAAAUCCUUUUCCAUCCCAACCAUUGCAUUCAUUCUCAUCAACCACAAUAACCUGCUGGAGUUAAUACACUGGACUGGACGAGGUGAAAGGUAAUGUUUUGCGCUCCGAGGGUACACGAAUGUAGUUUGCGGUCAAAGCAGCUAAUUUCAAUAUGUGCUCCCACUUUUUUGGUGCCACUGUUGCCCUGUAAGUGCCUCAAAGAAACAGUCUUCAAAAACAUAGCUGCUCCUUGAAUCUCACAGUAUUCAUGAGGGCUAAAUUACUCCACUCAUGGUUGAGCUGAUUUUCACACGUCAAAAGAGAUUUGUGUGUAUGGGUUAAAAGACCAUACCAAGAAAUGUAAAGUAAAUAGCAGUUUACUCAAUAAAGUAAACUGAGUUGCAGAGUUUGCCACUGAAAUCCAAUAGAGCUGACCAUUGCUGCAGUUUUAUCGUCAAGCGUGAAACAAUUCAGACACCUUCAAACAAAAUAAAAUUAGGACUGUUACAACCGAGAGAUGUGCUGACGGGAGGCUGUUCAAUCCUUACUUUGUAAAAUCUCAGUCAGCACCAACAGGCCUGCUUUUUGUUUCAGCCAAAACCUAAAUGAAGUUAAAUGGGUGAAUCAUUUUUCAUUGGCAUAUCUAUGAAUCCCAUUUAUAUCCCUCAUCAAAUCAAAACAAAAUCAAACAAAGCUUUAUUGUCGUCAAAUCAGAUGAGAUAGCGUUUCUCCAGGAUCCAGAUCAGCAGUUCAGUUCUGACUGCUUGUGGAAUAAAGUCUGAUGGUUCUUCCUUUGAUGCUUCAGAAACGUUUGCCUGAUGCCAGCAGUUCAACGAGUUUAUGGAGUCCCUGACAAUGUUCAGAGCCCUGCUCCUGCAUCGGCUCUGGAAAAGUUCUUGAACAGAGGGGAAGGAAACUGAUGACUAUCCUCUGCAGGGCUUUUCUGUCUGACAUACUGCAGCUGGAGUAGCUUGAUGAGAUGCAGUGUGUCAGGACAGUCUGGACCACACCUCUGUAGAAAGUCCUGAGGAUGCUGGUGGGAAGAGAGGCUUGUUUCAGCUUCCUCAGGAAAUGCAGUCUCUGCUGGGUCCAUUUUAACAUCGCUGAGGUGUUCUUAUUCCAGCUCAAGUCCUGACCUGAAUGAGAUCUGCACUCCAAGGAACUAGAUGUUCUCCACUGUGCAGCUGCUGAAGCCAAGGGGAGCAUGCUCAGGUCGUGACCUCCAGCAGACGAUGAUUAUCUCCUUCGUUUUGUCCACGUUGAGCAGCCUGUCUGCACCAGCCCUCUAAUCUGCUUUAUCUGGUCCAGGAAGUGAUAGUUUAAUGAAUCAUACCAUCAGGACUUUUUGUUAAAUCCUGCUUGGAAAUGCUAAAAAAACAUAUAAUGGUAAAUAAUUUCACUUUAUACACGGAUCAUGAAAGGAGUAGUAAAUUGCAUUCAGUGAAGCAUUAAAAGGUCCUGGUGACCCCUGUAGAGCCAUUACACGUUUAGUGGCCUUUCACUGUGAUCAGUCAUUUUAAAUGUCAGUACAGGUAAUUUCACCGCACAGCUGCUCACCCAAUUUUUUUUUUUAUGUCUUUGUGUUAUGACAGUAAAGUAAUGAUUGUAUUUAUAACCUGCAGUGAAAUUUCUAGUUUGAUUUCAGUGUCUGACCGCAGACAUUUGACAGCAGGUAAGCGAGGAGAACUAAAUUGUGAACAUCUCAGCAUUAAAACUCAGUGCAGCACAGAAAGAGGACAGAGCAUGUGGGCAGAAGCACAUGUGACUAGAAUCUCAGUGUGAAGCUUUUAGAUUAAAAUUUGAAUCAUUCAACUUAUGGAAUUGUAUUAGAAAUUUAAAUUUGAUUGAGGUUUGAUUGGAUCUGAACUCCAAUAAACUUGAAACUGAAUGUGAAAUUAAAUGGAAUUCAGUAGAUCUAAAACUGUAUUUGAUCCCCUCUGGAAAUUCAACUCGAGUGCAGAGCCACAGAACUCCUUUUCGCACCAUCGACACCUUUGAACGGGUUCAUUCCGGUCUGUAAAGAUGGACAGCACAUCUCCGCUUCAAAUUAUGUGACUGAAAUCCAGUUUUUUAAUUGCAAUUAUUCAAGACAAGCAAUACAAAAUCAAAUAGCUAUAAAAUCUGCCCAUACUAGCAAGCCUCUCUUUCCUGUCCUCGCUCCACACGACACAAAAAACAAGAAAAAUCACUGUACUUUAUCUAUAUAUAUGUGAAGCCUGUCACUAACAUGUCCGUAAGCAUCACUAAAUAUUCAUUUAUUUAUAAAUACAGACAUUCACAAGUAAAUUUCACACAUCAGAAGUGCAAUCUGCCCAAGCGACACCUGGCACAAGAUACAAAGCAGGGACAUGAAUCCGAAGCGAGGUGUUGCUUUUUCCUACAUAUUCAGCUACAUGUGUGUUUCCAUAUGUUGCAAUUAUAAUAUAUGCUAUACAAGAAUAAAUAAAUAUAUGUAUCAUGGGAACAAAA